AUGGUUUCCUCAAUUUCUCAGACUUUGGCAUUUCUUCUGCUUAUCACGCACGCACUCGCUCAAGUUCGCAUUCCUAUCACGAGGAAAGUUCAUGCUCCACAUCCUGCUCUCAAUCGCCGUCUCUCUAACCGUGACCCUGUCUCUGCAUCACUUAUCAACGAUUUGACACAUGCAAACUAUGUGAUCUCCGUCAAAGUUAGAACUCUGCCUCAGGAUGUUGAUUUGACUAUCGAUACGGGAAGCAGUGACACCUGGUUAGUUGCCAAUACUGCCGCUUCAUGUACUGGUGUUGGGUUACCAGAGAAGAAUGGAUCUGCUCCAGUCCUGUGCGAGACACCAUACAACCCAAACACUUCUUCAACCGUCGAGUUGAACAUCACGACUGAUAAAUUUAACAUCGAAUAUGUGAAUGGUGAUAAAGCCAAAGGACCUUAUAUAGCCGACACUCUUGUGCUCGGUAAUGCCACCAUUAAGUCUCUCCAGAUGGGUCUCGCCAACGACACAAACAUACAACUUGGAUUACUGGGACUUGGUUAUUCUAUCAGCGAGGCCUCUGAUACCAUAUAUCCAAAUAUCAUAGACGAGCUGGUCUCCCAGCAUCUCAUCAGUACCAGAGCUUAUAGUCUCUAUCUAGAUUCGCAAGACUCGGCUACUGGAUCCCUUCUUUUUGGUGCAGUCGAUACCACCAAGUUUGUCGGUGAAUUAGUGAGCUUAGAUAUAGUACCUCAACCUAUCUGGAAUGGCUCGGUUCUCUACUCAUCAUUUUCAGUCGAUCUUGCUGCAGUGGGUAUGACAGACCAAGAAGGCAAUUCUGCAAACUUGAGAACUUCUCCUCAAGUUGUACUUCUGGACUCUGGAACGACGCUUACCAUCUUACCAGCUGAGGUUACGGAUGCCAUCUUCAAAAGAUUCAACGCCUACGACGAUACAAACUCCACUGGCAAUGUCUACCUCCCUUGUUCAGUGCUCAAUACUUCACCUUCUUUAACAGUCGACUAUCUGUUCUCCUCCUCUUCCACUUCUGCUAUGAUUAGGGUUCCUAUAUCAGAACCUGUAUUCCCACUUACAAAUCCGACUUACGCUCUGUAUCCCGAGGAUACUCUCCCAGAUUUGCCAUUUAGCGGCGAAGCAUAUACCUUUUUGAGAAGUGCAUAUGUGGUGUAUGAUCUGGAUAACAAUCAGAUUGGACUCGCGCAGGCCAAUUUCAAGAGUAACGAUGCGGUUGCCAGUUCAAACGAUGGAGAUGGAAAUAAGUAUGUUGUGGAGUUGAAAGCGGGAGAAUCGAUCCCAGCUUUAACUGGCGAUAGUGUGACGAGUUCGGCGGAACCCAGCCCUACCAGUAGCGCUAGCAAGACUUCGAAUACUCCUACUGACACGGCAAAAGCUACAGCGACUGGAAAUUCUAGUGGCGCUUUAUCGAUGUUAAGGAAUGUAGACUUCAGGGUCCUCGGGUUCUUCGUACUGGGAGGAUUAAUUUUAAAUGGAGCAAUCGUCGCGUGA